AUUAGUUUCAAGGACCUCAUUGCGAAAAUACAUCAUCUGCAGGAAAUGCGAAGAAAAAAUUCUCACUUCGGAAGAUCUGGACUCUUUGGUUAGUUUUAGACGGUUUUUGAAGAAUCAGGGAAUUGUACUGGAGAAGUUCUGUGACAAGGACCCCGAAUCCCUGGUUAUGAAAACCUACAAAUACAUCUUCGAUUUCUACAUUUGUGUUGCUUCAAAUGUGGACCACCGACUCAACCCAACACAAUUGUUCACCCGCUAUAAGGAACUAUUGACCCAUACGGGAAUGAUUCUCCCUGCCAAUGAGAAGAAAUUAAUAAGGAGUAAAGAAAAUGCCAUUUUCAUAUUUGGAGGAAGCGGAACUGGGAAGACGACGAUCCUUAAGGAACGAGCCUUGGAAUUGGCUAAAGGAGGCGACGUCUUGGUGAUAACUCUAGCCGGGAGUCUCCAAGCAGAAGAAUUCCGACUCCACUGCAAAGGAAGAAGAAAUAUCACCGUGAAAAAAUGGAUCUCAGAAAACCUUAUGGAGUUAUUUGGAUUCUUGAAGUUGCAUGGUGCGGGGAAAGACGUCCUCAUUGAUCAGGUCGACAUAACUUUCAGAAUCGGAGGUUCGUUCGCCAAGAAAAAGCCCUUCAAGCGCUGGAAAAAUAUCUUAUGCUGGAAAGAUCAUGUCAAGAGCCUCACAUUUGCUUUUCGUACCUAUGAUAGCAGCUACACAAGCGAGAUCAAUGUCGGAAUAAAAAUGAUCCCAGGGGUCCAAGUUGAGAUCUUAAAUGACAUCAGAACCAAAACGCGCCAUUUAACUGAGUUUAUUCUCGCUCUUGAGAGUUAUUCUCGCAGAAAAUUCUUCUGCAAGGAGCCCAAUAUGAAGGGAAUCGAUUUCUGGUAUCCUGAAAGGGAAUUCAUGCCAACCUUUUCCUCAAUGCACUCUUGCCGUGCAUUCCAUGACCGUUGCUGGAACAAAUUGACCUGCGAGGCUGUGAGGUCUUCCCACUCCAUAUCAGAACAUCUGCGGAGUGUUUCCAUCAACAAACAACGGCCUCUUUAUGCAGUGGUGGAUUGCUUGGAGCGUCGAAAUCGUCUGGGAAACGCCCUUACUACUCUAAAUGGAAUCAACGUCAUUUUCAUAAACGAGGAUGGAGAAUCCUGGGGGAAAAUGUCUAAUGAAAACCCAUUCUCCGUUAUAAUUGUGACCGCUGAUCAGACUCUUGGAUUUCACAUGGAGAACCCAGUCCUCAUCCUCGACUUCCCCGAUUGCAAGUGGACGAAUUUCGUUCGCCUGGUUUCUUCACACCACGAUAAUGUAUUCGUCUUCGUGGAGCGUGAUCAGCUUCAAACAGGAAAAUAUGCGCAACUUACGAAAAUGUCAGUCACUGAAACGAUUGCGGACAAAAUCGAGGCAGAUAUGAGGGAGAAAAUGGAUAUGGCCCAAAAAAUGGUGGAGUUUGAUAUAUCACACAUGGAUGAGAAAGCGUGGCAUCGCGUGAACCUACCCAUCCGUGUUCAAGGAAAGAGUCUCGUCCCCACAAAGAAUCCAUCACGAUGUACCAUCAUCUUCGGACCCCCUGCUUCUGGAAAAAGUAUGAUGUUGCUGAAAUGCAUGAAACAGCUUGCAAGUCAUGGCCAGAGUCAAAACAGAAUCAUUCUCCUUCAUUUGGGAAGCAUCCUGAGUCACAAGGCCGCAGAGGAUUAUCUCCGUAGUCAUACUGGCCUCUUUGAUAUCAUCCGAUCGGAUGCAUUAUGCCCUAAGGAUGUAAUUUGCCAUGAUCGGGUGAUGGAAAUUAGGCGAAAGCAUCCCAAUUUAAAGAUACAUGUUCACGUCGAUGAUUAUUCAAUACAGGCUAAGGAGACCGGGGAAGAGAUUCGGAUGUGGACCACGGCCCUAAAUGACUUGCGAAAGGACGAUAAUCUGAUCAUGACGAUUGCGUUCAAACCGCACUCGAGAAACGGUCGAAGCAUCGACGUCGAGAAACUGACAUCCUUUUUCCGCUCCCAGCCCGGAGUGAAGGUCAUCAGAUUCCCCAUAUCGAAGUGGGUCGUUCCUCGUUGCACGAGCCCAGAGUUUCUCUAUCAUAUUUCUAGUAAUGAAGUCAACAUUUCAUCGUGGUUGGAUGUAAGAUGUCUCCACACAAUCUCCCGCCCAGCUGCCGCGGCCUUUGGACCUAAGCCCAAGUACAUUAAGUACAAAUGCACCGGUCAACAUCUGAAUAGGUCUUGCAUGGGACAAGAAUGUUGUCAGCGUCUUCUCGGCGUCCUAGUCUGUUUCCGGUCCGUUAUGAAUGAAAACAUGGACGAAGAUACGGUGCAAGUGCUGCUGUCAGACCAGGCACUCAUGAAGACUCUGCUGAAAAACACUCCUGCAAAAGCCAGAUAUCAAUACCUGAGGUUUGUUCACCCAAAGGAAUUUCAAGGUUGCACAGCGAACGUCGUCUUUACCGUGAACGUUGAAGACGCCUGGCUCAUGGAAAGCGUAUCCAGGAGCAUGAUAUCUCUGUUCGUCAUCGAUACAUUACCGAGCCAUCAACACAUUUGGGAUUCCAUGGAAUCAGAGGGGUUCCUGGAGGCCCAGGAAGUCACAAGCGACGACGUCGCAAUCGACGAAGACACCCUCCUCAGACUCGACGACGAGGACAAGUUCCUUCUGGUGCGUCCGACUCACUUCUUCCGUGUCACUAAUGCAAAUCGGAAUUAA